AUGGACUCUGGAUAUCCAGCUGGAGUCUGCCAGAGUCCAUCUGGAGUCCAACUGGACUAUGUGGGGGAGUGUAAAGUACACCAAUGCUUGAUCCACUCUACGAAAGCUCUUCCUACGCUUGUUGCUGAAAUGCAAAAAGUCAAGAUUCUUCAUCGUGCGCUGCAAUGGGAGAUGUGCCGAUCUCUGAUUGUUGUAUUUGAUUGGUACACUUCUACGGGCCCAGAGUUUGCUCAGCGGCUUCUGCAAAUUCAUCAACAGGAUGGCUACAAAGCUUUGAAACUGCAAUCGCCGCCAUUUGCAGAUAUUGUGGACCACAUCGUCCAAUAUGUCCAGGAAUCGCAGGAUGCAGCGCGAGAGGGAAAGCGAACAUCCAAGCGGAAAGCCAAAAGCGCCAAACGUACAGUCGCUGCAGGUAAACCUCUGAGAAAGCCACCUACAAUGCCUGAGACGCUGCGGGCCAAAAUAGGGCCAGUGCGGCAACAGCUUUCUCAGGUUCCUUAUGACCUUUACGGCUUACGGGAUGGGGCAAAGAAAACUCAAAUGAUCCAUCUUCCAAACCUGGUGCCAUAUCAUGUAAAGCCUGGGUUGGACACUCUUUACACUUCUGGUGGCUACAUUCUACAAGAGCUCUGGUCACGGGAGCUUCUUAUGCCACACCUGGCUUGUAUCGACAAAAAAUUCAGCAGCUCUCGUCGCACUGUCGAUGAAGCUAAAAUUAUUGACUGA